AUGUCUUCACCAAACAGGAUUGACGGGGGGCGAUUGGCUCCGCCAUCAAGCUCCAAAGGGCCUAUCCGCAAUGGCCAGAAUCUCACUCAGUCCACCAUUAUGAUCGAGCCCACUGCGGAAUCCCAACGGUUUUACAAUCAAAACAGGCGCGAAAUGGAUAGACAGCGCCUCGAACUCCAUGUCGAAGAAAAUAACCUCGAACCGCCCAUGUCAGAACUCAGUACAGCGAGUGACAGCCAUCCUAGCCCGAGCACGGUAUGCUCACAAAGCGGCAAUAGCGUUGCACCUUGUUCUCCUGACCCUGCAGCUGAAGCAACACGGUCGAAACCGCAUCGUGGCAGGAGGAAAGGUCCACUAGACAUGGAAACGCGAACUAAAACUGCCUUCAAAAGAAAAUUCAAGCUUACUUGCGCGUUUCAUCGCGCAAAAAGGACGUCGUGUAACUGCCAUGACUUCUCGAAAUUGGAGGAAGGCUAUCGCAAGUUCUGUGCAGCUGAAGAGCAAAAGGCAAGAGCCUCCUCCCGAGGCGGGUCGGCGAGGCCGUUUGGUGAAGGUGAUAUUGAGACAUUUAGCACUGGUGGUGGCGUACCACCUUUGACGACUCCCCAAUAUAACUUCUCAACGGACUUGCCUGAUCUGCCCACUGGGGGCGAAUUGACUAGUCGCGUAAAUGAAAGUCUUCUCCCAGCACUUAAACUUGACAUUGAUUCAGCGGAAUCGGUAAGCAAAUUCGUGUCGACGCCCCGUGACGAAUAUUAUUACUUAGCGCCAGAUGCAACCGGUCUUGUAACGAUCGGCUCCUCAACAUUAUACCCAAACCGCUGGCAAUGCGACUACAAAUUCAAGACGGAAGAAACCGAAUCGCUGUCUUCAGCAGGCUCUUGUUCGUGGACAGGCCCCCUUGAGCAGCUUUGCGAUCACUUCAGCACCGAGCAUCAUCCCUUCCAACCGUACGAACCACCCGAAUGGUCCAUAUGUGACGAGUGUAAAGAAAUACGCCCCGGAUGGGGAGAACAGCGCUGCCACCCUGGCCGGUCGACAAAGUACUACUAUGGUGCUCUGCCACGCCGGGCCAAACCUAAUCCACCCAGACUAACAGUGUCGGAAGCAUCUGGGAGCCGCUCUUGGCUCCAACCAUCGUGGAAUAUGGCCACACGAGAUUCAAGUAACACGGGUCAAUCCAACUUCCCCUACAGCUCUUCCACCAGCAGAUCAGGGUGUUAUGAACAUUGUGCCAGCGGUAAUGAAAGCAGCGAGUCUGUUGAUGGCGAUGAUGAGGAUGGCAUGACGUGCGCCGGAAUGGAGAACUGGUCGCGGACCCCAUCCGAUGCCGACGACACCAUUCCCCACUGUCGUAUUGGAAUCGGGAUUGGACCACUGGACUUGAAAAUGGGAACUAGAUCCGCCUUGUAUGGUUCCAAUCUAAGCUUAACGUCGGGCUUGAAGCCAUGCCGCCGCCGCUUAAUCCCCUCCCUGCUAGCCCCGUUGGUUACCUUUUAUCUUCAGCUGGUACACCUUCUUACUGGACGAAGAAAUGCCAUAUUGCUAUUUCUCGCAGCUGCAAGUCUUAUGAGCACUUCUCUAUUGUUGAUCGUCGUCUUCGGUCCCGUUGCAGCAUGGGUUGCCGCGGACAGUCUGAAGUCCAGGGCAAAUAGAAGAGAUGGUUUAUAUGCCUUAGUUGUCGUCGUCUAA